CCAGUCAGAGGGACAGGAUGGAGAAGCUGGUGUUGACGCUGGGGCUGCUUGUCACCCUGGGAGUGUGUAGCAGCUGGAGCCUGAACGAGGAGGAGCGGCUGAUCCGGUACCUGUUCAAGGAAAAAGCCUACAACAAGGAGCUCCGACCUGUGGCGCACGUGGAGGAAAGUGUGAACAUCUCGCUGACUCUCACCCUCUCCAACCUCAUCUCCCUGAAAGAAGUUGAAGAGACCCUCACCACCAAUGUAUGGAUCGAGCACGGCUGGACAGACAGUCGACUGCAGUGGAACGCAGAGGAGUUUGGGAACAUCAGUGUCCUGCGCUUGCCUUCUGAUAUGCUGUGGCUCCCAGAGAUUGUGCUGGAGAAUAACAAUGACGGCUCCUUCCAUAUUUCCUACUCCUGCAACGUGCUCAUCUACCCAUCAGGCUAUGUGUGCUGGCUGCCGCCCGCCAUUUUCCGCUCCUCCUGCCCCAUCUCUGUCACCUACUUCCCCUUCGACUGGCAGAAUUGUUCCCUCAAGUUCAGCUCACUCAAGUACACGGCCAAGGAGAUCACCCUGAGUCUGAAACAGGAGACAGAUGAAAAGAACCGGACCUACCUCGUGGAGUGGAUCAUCAUCGACCCAGAGGGCUUCACAGAGAAUGGGGAGUGGGAGAUUGUGCACCGGCCAGCUAGGAUCAAUCGAGACCCCAGUGUCCCGCUGGACAACCGAAACCGCCAGGACAUCACCUUCUACCUCAUCAUCCGCCGCAAACCGCUUUUCUACAUCAUCAACAUCUUGGUGCCAUGUGUGCUCAUCUCCUUCAUGGUCAACCUGGUCUUCUACCUGCCAGCGGACAGUGGUGAGAAGACAUCGGUGGCCAUCUCAGUGUUGUUGGCACAGUCUGUCUUCCUGCUGCUCAUCUCCAAGAGGCUGCCCGCCUCAUCCAUGGCCAUCCCACUCAUUGGCAAGUUCCUGCUCUUUGGCAUGGUGCUGGUGGCUAUGGUCGUGGUAAUCUGUGUCAUCGUGCUCAACAUCCACUUCCGAACGCCCAGUACCCACGUGCUGUCCGAGGGCGUCAAGAAGCUCUUCCUGGAGACCCUGCCUGAACUCCUGCACAUGUCUCGUCCCAUGGAGGAUGGGCCCAGCCCCGGGGCCCUAGUCCGCAGGAGUAGCUCCCUGGGCUACAUCUCCAAGGCGGAGGAGUACUUCUUGCUCAAGUCCCGAAGCGAUCUCAUGUUCGAGAAGCAGUCAGAGCGGCACGGACUGGCCCGGCGCCUCACCACCGCAUGCCAACCCCCACCAGGCUCUGAGCAGACUCAGCAGGAACUCUUCAAUGAGCUGAAGCCAGCUGUGGAUGGGGCCAACUUCAUCGUCAACCACAUGAGGGACCAGAACAGUUACAACGAGGAGAAGGACUGCUGGAACCGGGUGUCCCGCACUGUGGACCGCCUCUGCCUGUUUGUGGUGACACCCAUCAUGGUUGUAGGCACAGCCUGGAUCCUCCUACAAGGCGUCUAUAACCAGCCUCCCCCACAGCCUUUCCCCGGUGACCCCUUCUCCUACCAAGAGAAGGACAAGCGCUUUAUCUAGGGUG